AUGUCGAAGAAACCCGUUGGCAAUAUGGAAGUGAGCGACUUAGUCGAGCUGAUGAAAUGCACAAUGAGCGAAUUGCUUGAAGACAAACUGCAAAAUCUACCAACAAAACAAGAUAUUGAGGAGGUCAAGGCGGGCAUAUCAUGGGCAACAUCAGAGAUUUCAGAUCUCAAGGCAGAAAAUGCAAAAUUGAAAAUGGAAUUAGAGCUUCUGAAAAAUAAAAUUGAGAAUAACGACCGUAGCAUAAGAUGGUUAGAGAAUCAGGUCAGCAAUACAAAACUUGUUUUUAAGGGAAUUGUGAACGAAAAACCCGCAAUAAACCCGGUUGUUAAGCUGUGCACUGAAAAACUGCAAAUAACACCAGCCAUAAAAUCAGCUAAAACUAUAUUUGAACGAGGAAAUGUGCAAACGGUGGUAGUAGAAUUCGAUAAUGAAACUGUUGCAUCAGAACUAGGCCAACUUAAAUUCUGGAUGCUACCAUUGUAUUUACGCAGUGUAAAUUGGACCAACGAUUUUACUGCAGUGAAACGAAUAAUUGAAGAAGACCCAUGCAAAGAUGUGAUAAUGAUAGGUGAUAUGAAUAUCCGCAUUGGAAGCAGUCAACAAGAAAUAGUUUCGCUAUUUAGAGAAUCUUUCUCUGCAGGCAUGAAGAUAAGAAAAUCGAUGGAUAAGGAAAUUAAUAGCAAAGGGCGCACAUAUCUGGAGUUCUGCAAUGACAACAACUUAGUAAUACUAAAUGGCCAGACAAAAGGAGAUGAAGAUGGCAACUUUACUUUUGUGAGUACGGUUGGCGAGUCGGUUAAUGACAUAUGUGCUAUGUCUUCCAGUUUACUACAAUAUGUGGACAAUUUUGCUGUCGAAGAAAACAUUUGGUCUGACCAUCUCCCCAUUUCUUUGAAAAUGAAAUUUAAUAUAAACGGAACUGUUACAAACAGACUAAAGCUCUUACCAAAACUCUCUUGGAAAGACAACGACAAAAACAACUACCAAACAAUGCUGAACAUAAAUCUUCAAAAUGUCUUGAAUACCCACGAAGUUCACAACCUUAAGGAUCUGACAGACAUCAUAGUAAAAUCAUCUGUAACCACAGAUAAUCAUAGCUACAAGCCAAAGGAGAAGUGGUAUACUGAAAGAUGUCAUUGGGCGAGGAAAAAAGUCUUUAAAAGCUUGAGGAAAUUUAAGAAAAGUAGCAAUGAAUGUAAUAAACAACAAUACCUGCAAGCACAACGUAUAUAUAAAAUGAUAUGCGUAACGAGCAAAAAGGCUUAUUACAGCAUGAUUAGCGAACAAAUCAACAAUAUUAAAAACAGUAAAGAAUGGUGGAAAUUAGUACGGGAGAUUAAUAAUAACCACUUUCAUAUAGGCCCGAAUAUAUCUGCGUCAUCUUUUAGAGACUACUUCAUGAAGCUACUCAAUACAGAUCAGACAACGUCGAAUAUUCUGUACGCUCCCUCAUUUAUCACAGUUCAUUUAUUAGACAAGGAAAUAACGGUCGAAGAAGUAAAGAGAAUGUUACAAAAGGUUAAACUAAACAAAGCUCCAGGAGAGGACAGGAUUCCUUAUGAAUUUUUUGUUAAUGCUACAGACGAGUUUAUUUCGGAACUAGUACAGGUGUACAACACAAUGUAUACUAAUGGAAUAGUGGAUGAGUCUUUUAUCAAAACGGUAAUUUUCCCAAUUCACAAAAAGGGCAAUGUAAAUGAGACGAAAAAUUAUCGUGGAAUAUCAUUCAUGAACUCUGUAGCAAAAAUAUUCAUGGGAGUUCUUAACGAAAGGCUGCAAUUGUGGAUAGAGGAAAGAAAUAUUUUAGUCGAAUAUCAGGCAGGCUUCCGAAAAAACGUAAAGCCAGCCUAUCGCUGGUUUCGACGUAUGUCCAAUGCACGUAGUGGCACAGGGCUGAUUAAUAUCUAA